AUGCGGAGCGCGAAGACGAGAAGAGCAUUUUGCACCGUCGCGAGUGCGGCCCUACUCGCAACGUCUUCUCAAACGGGAGUUGUGGGAGAACCGACGACGUCGUCGUCGUUCUCGUCCGUAUCUGAUGAGUCUAGUUUAUGCGACGAAAGCGCAGUCGCGAGUAAGGACCCUUUUGAAAAAUUAUCUCGGCUGUGCUCGGUAGAUGUCGAGUACGGCGUCGGUCCGUUGUCGAUAAUAAGCGAUGGUGCAUCGACGAAUAGUGGAGCAGAUACUUUCGUCGACAACUCGGAAGCCUCUUCGAGUAUCGCAAAAGAAGAAGAAGAAGAAGAAGAAGAUAAGGAGUACACCUUUCCCGCGACCAUUCGUUGGAGAAAUAAUAAGUUGGAAGAGGACAAAUCUUUUCAGGUCACUUAUGUUUUCGCGUACGGACAAGGCAUCGCCGAUGGUCGAGUCGAUGAUCGCGCGGUAUUGAUCAAUCCUGGUGGCGCGAACGGUAUGCCCGCUCGCGCGGUGAACAGAAUGCUCUUUCGAGGAGUAGCCGGCGACGGGGGGACGUAUGAGUUUGGUUUUUUGGGUUCCGCGAUGUUCGAGGAAGGCGCGCUGUCGAACAACAACUCCACAAAACGAGCUGGAAAUUUGGUAUCUUUAGCAUAUAAUGGUCAAUGGUGCGAUAGAGUCUCGAGCGAGACAACGGCGUGUGGAGAAACGUCGUACUCUUGGUGUUGCGGACAGUUUCUUUCACCUCCUCCUCCGCCGCCUCGAAUCCUCAUCGAGCCAAUCGGCGGGAACGGAGUUAAUUCACCUUCGGACGAUGGUAACGUUACUAGCAUGUCUGGACCAACAGAAGCAUUUGAUACGUUCGAACACUCAUCGCCGAGCGUUUUUGAUGCCUCUUUUCAGAAUUCAAAGGUCGUGCCGCUCUCGCCUUUAGCGCAAGCGCUCGAUCGAGGCGCUCGAAUGCCCAAAAGUUCAAAGCUUCCAUCUAAUAUCGGUACGUUUGGUUCAAUUUCGGGAUUGAUUGUUAUCGGUUUAGUUUUGAUUGCGAUAAUUACGGAAAUUUCGAGGCGAUGCAUGAAACGUUUAGCGAAAGAUUUGGAAAGCUGCGCUCCCGAGAUUUCUCGUAAGCUCACGCACUUGUUGCCCGGUCAAACGGAUGUUUCGGUCGAUAUCGAUCUCGAAGGCAUCAUAGUUUCAAAAGCACAUCAUCAUCAUCACACAAAUGUCAGCGAAACAGUCACCGUGCACGCGUUACGAAGGCCUCAAUCGAGGCACACUUCGAUCUUCGAAAACGACGGAACGAUGACCAUGGAGUUUGAAUGCGAUGUCGCGUCGUCGCGAAAAAGGCUGGAUUGUAAUAAGGACGAAGGCGCCGGGGGAGACGAAGGAACAUCUUCUUCAUCGGAACUCAUGGAUUUAAAGUACGCGUCGCAAUCGAUUGAAACGUACAACAGUAUAAACGGAUACGUACAAUCGCUCGCUCGAAUGUUUGAUACUGGUUUAUUCGCUUCUCAAGGUCGCGACAGAGAUGGAGAAUCUGCCGGCAAGGAAAAAAAAGGAUGGCGCGCGCACGAGUUGCGAAAGAACGAGUUCAAAAUUACACUCGCUGACGUUAAGAUCGGACGCGCCAUAGGACGCGGCGCAUACGGCGUCGUGUGUGAAGGUACGUACAAAGGCUUUCCAGUGGCUGUGAAAACGUUACACGCGGGUAAAUCGACGUUAUCGCGGAAAGAAAAAACCGCGUUUGAAUGCGAAAUAUCUCUUCUCAGCAGAUUAUCGCAUGUGAACAUAGUCACAUUUUACGGCGCGUGUACGGACGAUAAAGAUCAUCAACUCUGCGUCGUCAUGGAACUCAUGUCAAAAAGUCUGUUCCAGGUUUUACACGAAAACGAUCGCGAGAAUAGGAAAAACCGGCGACUGACUCGAUUGGAGUUUCUCCGCGUCGCCUCCGACGUCGCGGCGGGAUGCGCGUAUUUGCACGAAUUGAAAAUCACGCACGGCGAUUUAAAGUCACACAACGUAUUAUUGAACGGAUCGGGUGCGAAAAUAUGCGACGUUGGAUGCGCUCGAGUCGCACAAAUCACCGGCAUGGUCACCACGCAACAAUCCAUCGCGUUCUUACAAAACACCAAAGGAACCAACGACCCGAAAGAGCAAAACAACAACAACAACAAUAAAAACGUCGUCGGAACGCCGGCGUACAUGGCCCCGGAACUCUUCGACCGCUCCUUGGACACAAACCCAACGACAACAUUCGGCAUCGACGUAUACGCUCUCGCCAUCUUAUCCUGGGAAUGCCUCUCCGGCGAAACUCCUUGGUCUCACGUCCAACACCCGGUACAAAUAGCCUUCGCCGUUUGCAACGACGAGCGCUUGGACUGCGAGAAAGUCGGCGACUGGGAAGAAGCUAAACUUCUGAUUCAAAAGUGCUGGAAACGAACGCCAAAAGAUCGACCGAGCAUGUGUGAAAUCGCGCGCACAUUGAAAGAUAUGAGAACCAAAGUUCGCUAA